AUGGGCCCAUACCUCGGACCCAUGAGAAAGAUACUCUUGUAUCUCCCGACAAAGAAAGCUGUUAGUGUUUUGUCCAAGAGGUGGAAAAGUCUCUGGCUUUCGUUUCCCGGGUUAGAUUUCGACUCUGAAGAGUUCCCAAAUUACAAUGCCUUUGUGAGUUUUAUGGACAGGUUCGUAGAUUUCUCUAGGGAACGGAAGUCAUGCUUGCACAAGCUCAAGCUAAGUAUCCAGAAGAGUUGGAGUGAUCAGUAUCGUAUCACGCGUCUUGAGUCUAUUUCACUUCCUCGUCUCAAGACUGUGCAUUUACAACUCAAUGUAUAUGCCAAUGAUGCGGGUCUGGAGUCAUUCAUCUCAUCUUAUCCAGCUCAUGAAGAUUUUAGCAUUGUUAGAAGUGUCGAUAUCGAUGAUAAUGUAAAUGUUUUACGAGUGCAUUCUCAAACAUUAACAAGUCUAAGUGUAGAAUUUGAUCUUGGUGAGUGGGGUCUAGGGCUUUUAUGUUUUGGUCAAAGAUACCUGGGGCUUUGGAUUGAUGACCCUAGAUUCAAGUAUUUGAAUUUCAAACAUGAACUAUCGGAUAGUAAAACCAUAAGCAAUUUGAAUUCCUUAGUUAAGGUCAAUUUUGUUGGCUUUUAUAUGUCUCAUGGAGUUGGCUUAUCAAAACAACAAAUGGCCCGUAAUGUUUUCACCGGUAUCUCGAGAGUUAGGGAUCUGAUCAUCUCUGCGGAUAUUUUCAUCGAUUGCUACUUGAAAGAAGAAUCAUUACCACAGUUUUGCAACCUGUCCUGUUUGAAAGCAGAAGUUUGUUCAUCCAACGUGAAAAUCCGUGAAACAUUGCAAAAACCUUUUGAAAGCUGUCCAAAUCUAAAAUCCAUCUUCUUGGUAAUGACUUGCACCAACCCUAGAGCUUUAACUUAA